UUAUAACCAAAGUGCAAUUUUUAGUAGCAGACAGUUUUUACAAACUAAUAAAAAUGAGAUGGACAUCAAUAUUUUUCCGUAAUGCUAGAGAACCCCAAAAUGAGAAAAAAGUACCUUUUAAGGCGAUCCUGCCAUUAAAGCUAAGGGACCAUGUAUCCUCAAAAAAUCAGAAAGAAACAGACCGUGGAUGUUUGCACGAAUUAUCCCUGCUUUUAACAUGUCUUGAAGAAAACGAGUUUCAAGACAAAAGAUGUAUUCCGCAAUUUAAAGCAUUGAAUCAAUGUUACAAUACCUAUAUGAAAAAUGCAGAGCGUACACAAAUUGAACAGGAACAAGAAGUACCUGUACCUAACAGUAAGAAUCUUACACAUAAGCAAAUCACAUACCUUUUACAAAGAUAUCCAACAAAAUAGUUUCUCAUUUCUCAUUUUAAUGCAUUAAUAUAUAUUAUAAAGAGAUCAUAUUCCUAGUAGGCAUAUAUAAAUGCAUAAAAAUAUAUAUAAAAAUAUAUAACCAUUAUCAUUAAAUUAUAUUACCAUAAAUUAUUAUUACCAAUAAAAAUUAUCUUCUUGGUAAAAUCUC